GCGAAUCCAGGUAGCGGCGGUGCCAGGCGCAGGCCCGACGUCCCCCUGCUCUUUCUCCCCGCUUUCUCCGCGCCCUUCCCACGAUGGGUUCGCUUCAGCGAGGCCUUGCGCUGUAGAGAACCGAAAAGGGACCGUCGGUCGCGCCCUGCUCACGUCAUGAAGGACCGCACAUUCGCGAGGUCGUGUCGCGCCCCCUUGACGUCGCUCACGCGAGGAUUUGGGGACCUUGGACCCCACAGGUCCAGGCUGGCGCUGGCCUGGGCUCCACAGCCUCCCAAGGCCCCCAUGGGGGCCUUGGGCGGGGGCAUCAGCCAUGACCGGAGGUUUAGAGUUCUGGUUCCGCCGAUCUCAUUUGGGGCGUCGGAUAAAAAUCCAGGCUUCCGGACCCACCCCACACUGCAUCAGAGUCAUCAGGAAACUGGUUGUAGCAGGCGCCACAAGUGAGCUGGUUUGACCACUGACUUAGUUCAACACCGCCAUUUCGCUUGUAGAAAAGUGAACCCCGAGAAGACACAGAACUUACCUGAAGUCACCAGGCAGUUAGGCAGCAGGGCCGAGGUCAGAACCCGGGCUAUCUUCAGAUGCCUCUUCCCCAGCGUAUCUUGAUUCAGUCAGGAAUACCGCAGCAAGGUGAUUCUGUGGCCAGAAUUCUUUGUUGGGUGAUAGUAGGGUGUUGAAGUGCACUUUGGUGUCAGAGGAAAUAUUUACUGAGCAUCCAUUCUACACUGGGAGCUGCGGAUAAAGUGACAAACCAGACAGGAUCCCAGCCCUUGUGGAGCCCCUUGACGUGCAGGAAAGGAGAGUUAGGAAAGGAGGAUUUCAACCCUGACUCUGCAGGGCUGCCCAGGAGCUGCAGGACAAGCACCAGGAGCCCCUCCGGGUAGCUACUACCCUGGACCCCCCAAUAGUGGAGGGCAGUAUGGUAGUGGGCUACCCCCUGGUGGUGGUUAUGGGGGUCCUGCCCCUGGAGGGCCUUAUGGACCACCAGCUGGUGGAGGGCCCUAUGGACACCCCAAUCCUGGGAUGUUCCCCUCUGGAACUCCAGGAGGACCAUAUGGCGGUGCAGCUCCGGGGGGCCCCUAUGGUCAGCCACCUCCAAGUUCCUACGGUGCCCAGCAGCCUGGGCUUUAUGGACAGGGUGGCGCCCCUCCCAAUGUGGAUCCUGAGGCCUACUCCUGGUUCCAGUCGGUGGACUCAGAUCACAGUGGCUAUAUCUCCAUGAAGGAGCUAAAGCAGGCCCUGGUCAACUGCAAUUGGUCUUCAUUCAAUGAUGAGACCUGCCUCAUGAUGAUAAACAUGUUUGACAAGACCAAGUCAGGCCGCAUCGAUGUCUACGGCUUCUCAGCCCUGUGGAAAUUCAUCCAGCAGUGGAAGAACCUCUUCCAGCAGUAUGACCGGGACCGCUCGGGCUCCAUUAGCUACACAGAGCUGCAGCAAGCUCUGUCCCAAAUGGGCUACAACCUGAGCCCCCAGUUCACCCAGCUUCUGGUCUCCCGCUACUGCCCACGCUCUGCCAAUCCUGCCAUGCAGCUUGACCGCUUCAUCCAGGUGUGCACCCAGCUGCAGGUGCUGACAGAGGCCUUCCGGGAGAAGGACACAGCUGUACAAGGCAACAUUCGGCUCAGCUUCGAGGACUUCGUCACCAUGACAGCUUCUCGGAUGCUAUGACCCAACCAUCUGUGGAGAGUGGAGUGCACCAGGGACCUUUCCUGGCUUCUUAGAGUGAGAGAAGUAUGUGGACAUCUCUUCUUUUCCUGUCCCUCUAGAAGAACAUUCUCCCUUGCUUGAUGCAACACUGUUCCAAAAGAGGGUGGAGAGUCCUGCAUCAUAGCCACCAAAUAGUGAGGACCGGGGCUGAGGCCACACAGAUAGGGGCCUGAUGGAGGAGAGGAUAGAAGUUGAAUGUCCUGAUGGCCAUGAGCAGUUGAGUGGCACAGCCUGACACCAGGAGCAGGUCCUUGUAAUGGAGUUAGUGUCCAGUCAGCUGAGCUCCACCCUGAUGCCAGUGGUGAGUGUUCAUCGGCCUGUUACCAUUAGUACCUGUGUUCCCUCACCAGGCCAUCCUGUCAAACAAGCCCAUUUUCUCCAAAGUGGAAUCUGACCAAGCAUGAGAGAGAUCUGUCUAUGGGACCAGUGGCUUGGAUUCUGCCACACCCAUAAAUCCUUGUGUGUUAACUUCUAGCUGCCUGGGGCUGGCCCUGCUCAGACAAAUCUGCUCCCUGGGCAUCUUUGGCCAGGCUUCUGCCCUCUGCAGCUGGGACCCCUCACUUGCCUGCCAUGCUCUGCUUGGCUUCAGUCUCCAGGAGACAGUGGUCACCUCUCCCUGCCAAUACUUUUUCUAAUUUGCAUUUUUUUUCAUUUGGGGCCAAAAGUCCAGUGAAAUUGUAAGCUUCAAUAAAAGGAUGAAACUCUGGA